AUGCUCGAUCUGGAAGAGCCAGGGGCUUUUGGACUUCAAUGCCGUGGGGGUAGCUGGAGGAAAACACCGUUCCUUUUACCGAAACACAUCCGACAAGAAGGAGAGUUUGCAACCCGAAUCAUCCCUGAGAUGGUGGAGUCGGGAAUCCUGGUCAAGAUGUCUUCGGACUGGGGAGCGCGAACGAAAUCUCCUCCGAAGACGAAAGGAUCUGCGGAUUUACGAGUAGUGCACACCUAUAUCCCUUCAAACCGAUGUACCAUCAAGAACCUAUAUCCAGUCCACUCGCUGGAAGAGGUGAUUGACACGAUCAUCAAACCGAGGUACUGGGUGUAUUCCACAGGGGAUUACACAAUGCAAGUCGACAGAAGGCGACGGGCAGCAUGUAGUUUGGUCAGAUGGGGCAGACCAGUUGCUGAGAUACCUCAGCACACAGCAUCGAAGCAGCCGCGUCCCUCGACGCCGCGCGUAUGGUAUCCUCGCAAUCGGAAGAACAGGGUUCUUCUUCCAGUACGAUUGUGCCACAGGCACAAUCUGGGGCUGCCUUCCGGGCAAUGGACUGGGCGCCAUGUCGCAGAGACAAAGAUUGCUGCCACACCGUCUCUGCUCUACCUGGCGGAAUUCAGCCGGCAAGAAUUAAAGGGACAUAUCGAUGGGCCCUUCACAUCUUUGAUGAGCCCUAGCGAGUCCGACUCCUUGCGCCGCAGAGAAGCUCAAGAUGGCAUUAUGGGCGCUUGCGGUACUUAUCAAGAGUCAAUUUGGCAUCUGGUGCAGCCGCCAGAUUGCCCUUGCAGAUGGGAUCCAGAGCUCACGGACAGAUUAGGCGAUGCCUUCACCAUCCUGCUGUUCCAUGGGAACUCAGCACACAGCCCGAACUAUAUGCGGAAGCCGCUCACGGUGGACACACUCGAUGAGCUCAAGGUGCGCCUUGAGGCGCUUAACUAUCGCGACGUGCAGACGUCCAGAACGACAGUCCUCUCUUCAUACAGCACAUGGGCCACUCGCACCGUGUUCGAAGUUGACGGCAAGGGCAAGGGCCGGCAGGUCGACGGCGCGGACGACAGUGAUGACGAAACCCCGGAUGACAACAUGUUAGCAAUCGAACAGCUGGCGUCGUUGCAGGAGGUCGCGGAGACUUUUGAUCACACGUCCGACUACCUCCGGAAGUCGCUGACCAUCGAUACGCUGGCUGAAUUGGAGACACGACUAGAGGCAUUGGAUGACAGCAGGUUGGAGACGACCCGGACCAUUGUCCUGUCUUCAUAUACCACAUGGGCCCUGUGCACAAUGUAUGAGGUGGAUCCCAAGGGGAAGGGGCGGCAGGUGGAGAGCGCGGACGAUGGCGAUGAUGGCGAUGGCGCGAAUGAUACAAAUGACGAUAGUGUGUUAGCCAUUGGGGAGCUAGCCGAUUUACAGGCGCCUAAAACUGUCGACGACGAUACCACGGUUGGCGAACCAAACGACUUCGGCCCUGGCUGA